GAGAGUAGGAUUAAACAUGGCAGCAGUGAAUUCUGUAAAAAGUCCUGUGAAAAUGGCAUUGUAUAGAACCGUAAAAGAGUUGCAUUUACGGCCGGUUCAACAAGUAAAAAUUAAAUUUGAUCCAUUUCAUCCUAAUGUUGAAUCAGUGAGAGAUUUGUUGUUUUUCCUGUCUAUACAAAGAGUGCGAGAAAGUAAUACCAAGUGUUCACUAAAAACAGAAGUAGCAAAUGACCGCUCGGAACCACAGGUGGAUGUAAAACUUGCUUCUGGAAAGAACUCGAGACUAGACUCAGUUACAUAA